ACCAUCCCGUCCCCGUCCCGACCGACAAUUUCCCCGGUCUGCCGACGCGACGUCGGUACGGAGGCACUACCUGAAUUGGACUAUCGUCCACGGCGGGCCCCGCUUAGUGUACCUGUAUCACAAUAUGAGCAUCAUCGAUGCGGAAUCCUUCUUUCGUGGGGGGAAUCGAUUGUUCUUGUCCCUUUGAUUAGUUGUUUCUCGGUUUCUGCUUUUGUGGAACGGGAUUGCUUCACACUCUCCGCCAACGCAGUCUCGCCGACCACCAGCUCGCAAAGGAGUGCCAAAUUGCCUCAUAGAAGCAUGUCCAUCGCGUUUCGGCGUGUUUGCUCCACCUCGGCAAAGCAACCCGUCUCGAUAAGAGUAUCCGCCAACCAGUUCUGCGCGGACAACGUUGCAACCUUCCCCAGACAAAGCGCCCUUGGCAUGCUUCUUGUCGAGCUUCCUAUCAGGUUUCACUGCCUUAACAAGUCUGGCGGGGAAGCGGGGAGAUCACUGCAAGCGUAUCGCGGGAAAGACGGGAGACAACGGUAG